UUUUUUUCUUUUUCUUUCUUUCUUUCUUUUUCCCUUUCACGCAACACACACAUAGAAAAGAAAUGGUCGCAUACCUUUUACAACGGUAUCAACCCUUUGAUCUCUCCCACGCCUUCAAAUGCAACAAUUACCUCUGUUUCUGAACGUCCAAUAAUUGUUGAUGCCACUCAUCAGCGACAGUUCCCUUACGUAGCCGCCCAGAACUAUCAAUACCAGCAGCAGCAACAAAACCUUCAAGGAAAGGGUUCUCAGGAACUUUACAAUAUUUAUCCCCAAUCUGUGAUGCCCAAUUUGCGACACCACCCUCAGCCAACUCAAUCUGAGCAAAGUUCAAAACGUCCAAGGGAAGAACUGCAACAGACUUCUUAUUCUCAACUUAGACCAAUCUCAGCCAUCCCACCAUUGACAUUAACUACACCUUUGAAUACGAAUCGCUCAAUUGCAAUUACACCUCCACCAAUUACUUCUCAAGUACAACCUGGAUCUCGUGCAAGAUCUUCCACAACUCAUGCUUCCUCUGCCUCUGCUUCGAAAGCUAAGGCAGCGACUAGAGGCCCUGGGAGCUUUUGGACCGCAGAUGGGAUGGAUGCCUUUGUGGAUUGGAUAACUGACCCCCACAACUAUGAAAAAUUGCAAAGAGUACGGACAGUAUCUGGUCAAAAGAAGGCCGACGUGCAUACCGCUAUUGCUGAAUACGUAAACGGGGUUGCCGGAACUGAUUGGACUCAAAAGAUUGUAAGGAACAAGAUUGAAUAUGUAAAGAAGAAAUAUGACCAAGCCAAGGCCCUUGCAGACCAAACUGGUGGUGGAGAUACGGAGAAUUUAGCAGACCUUCGAAGGCAAAUGAUGGAAAUAUGUCCUGAAUACGACCGAUUCCACGCUGUUUGGGGAAGCUCAUUAGCGAGGAACCCUCCUCCUCUCAUGCAGUCAUGUAGACGUGUCAUUGAUGAUUCCUCAGAAAGAGAGUCAUCUCCUGAGACAACUCUCGACUCUGAAGAUGACGGCCAGGAAGAUGACGGCAAUGAAGGCGGAUUUGUUAUUAAUGACUUGCUUCAAGUUAACGACGAAGAUACAAGAGACCGAGUACCGAAGCGUCGAAGGAAAGCAAAACUUAGUGAAAAAGAUGCUUUUGUUCAAAGUACUGUGUCUACUUUACAAACGCAAGUCGACCUCGCCGCAUCUACGAGAUACAAUGCAUGGAAUGACAGCAUGAAAGAGCGAGAGAGAGCUAUGCUAGAUAGGGAACGAAAUUUUGAAGCUAUGCUGAAACAACGGGCGCAGGAUUUUGAAACACUAUUGAAAGGAAGAAGAGAUGAAUUCGAAAAAGAAAAGGAGAUAUACAAAAAAGACUUUGAAAAAGAAAAAGAGAUACAAAAAAAAGACUUUGAAAAAGAAAAACAGAUACAAAAAGAGGAAGCAGAGAGGAUAAUGGAACGUCGAAUGAAAAUGUUGGACGAGGAAAAAAAAGAGAUGAUGGAGUUUAGAAAAGAAAGGGAUCAGCUUCUUCAAGAGCUAGCGUCUCUAAAGAAAGAGGUGGAGUUGUGUUGUAGGAACAACAACAACAACAAGCAUGGACAAUCGCACGGUUUAUAAACGCGACAAUAUAUGCAUUUUAAUAAAACCUUUGAGGCUAUCGUCUGUAUACGUCUGUAUAAAACCCAUCGCAUAAGCUUAUUCCUUCUUCUAUUACCUUCUUGUUGUUGGGGAUCUAGUUCUUCUACAUCUUCAGGCACAUCUCCAGGAACUAAUGGCUCGUUGAGGAUCUGUUCUUCCGUAAUGUCUUCUUGGGCAUCUUUCCGCAAGAAAUUAUGUAAAACGACACACGCCAUGAUCCACAUUGAUGCCCUAUUAAUACGCCUUCGCUUGUCGAUCCUUACAGGCAAACUUUGAAGGGAUUGGAACUUGAG